UCUCCGGGCGUGAGGGCGGGGAGGCCGAAUGAUUUAACCCGCGAACACCGCUGGUGGGAGGCACUUGCGGGCGCCGAUGAGCGCCUAGACCCCCUUCUUGCCCAGCAGCCGCCACUUUCCCAGUGACCAUGAUAGUGUUUGUCCGUUUCAACUCCAGCCAUGGUUUCCCAGUGGAGGUCAAUUCUGACACCAGCAUCUUACAGCUCAAAGAAGUGGUUGCUAAGCGACAGGGGGUUCCAGCUGACCAGCUGCGUGUGAUUUUCGCAGGAAAAGAGCUUUGGAAUGACUUGACAGUGCAGAAUUGUGAUUUGGAACAACAGAGCAUCAUUCACAUUGUUCAGAGACCAGGACAGAGAGAUCUGGAAACACAUCCUGCUGGUGGGGACAAGAGCAGAAACACUGUGGGAGCCUCUUCCAUGGAGCCCACGAGCUUGACGCAGGUGGACCUCAGCAGCUCUCUCUUGCCAGCAGCCUCUGUGGGUCUGGCAGUCAUUCUGGACACAGAGAGCAGGAAUGGUUCGGAUGCAGCACUCAGAAGCCCAGGUAGCACAACUUACAACAGCUUCUACGUUUAUUGCAAAGUCCCCUGCCAAAGGGUGCAGCCAGGAAAGCUCCGCGUACGGUGCAGCACCUGCAAACAAGCCACCCUCACUUUGGCCCAGGGUCCCUCUUGCUGGGAAGAUGUCUUGUUUCCAAAUCGUAUGAGUGGUGAAUGCCAAUCUCCAGGAUGUCCUGGGACCAUAGCAGAAUUUUUCUUUAAGUGCGGAGCACACCCAACUUCAGACCAGGACACGUCAGUGGCUUUGAACCUAAUAACAACCAACAGCCGGAACAUCACUUGCAUAACAUGCACAGACAUCAGGAGCCCUGUCCUGGUUUUCCAGUGUAACCAUCGUCACGUGAUUUGCUUAGACUGCUUCCACUUGUACUGUGUGACCAGACUCAAUGAUCGGCAGUUUGUUCAUGACCCUGAGCUUGGCUACUCCUUGCCUUGUGUGGCUGGCUGCCCCAACUCCUUGAUUAAAGAGCUCCAUCACUUCAGGAUCCUUGGAGAAGAGCAGUAUAACCGGUACAAGCAGUAUGGUGCUGAAGAGUGUGUGCUGCAGAUGGGAGGCGUGCUGUGCCCUCACCCUGGCUGUGGAGCAGGGCUGCUGCCCGAGCAGGGCCAGAAGAAAGUCAUCUGUGAAGCUGUCAGCAGCCUGGGCUGUGGGUUUGUCUUUUGCCGGGACUGCAAGGAAGCAUACCAUGAGGGGGAGUGCGGUGCCACAUGCGAAGCCUCGGGAGCAGGUGCCCAGCCCUACAGAGUGGAUGAGAGGGCCGCGGAGCAGGCACGCUGGGAAGAGGCCUCCAAGGAGACCAUCAAGAAAACCACCAAGCCCUGCCCUCGCUGCAGUGUGCCAGUUGAGAAAAAUGGUGGAUGCAUGCACAUGAAGUGUCCUCAGCCCCAGUGCCGGCUUGAGUGGUGCUGGACCUGCGGCUGCGAGUGGAACCGCACCUGCAUGGGUGACCACUGGUUCGAUGUGUAGCAGCUACGGUGGAGCACGCAUCCGGCCACGUGUCCUACUGGAAGCACACAACAUCCAGUCUUCACUUGCCCCUUCUCCCAAACGCUUAAUUUGCACACACAAACAUGCAUGCGCGUACACACACACACACACACACACACACAGAGGCACAAACUCAGGCUUCAAGUUCUUUCCAAACAUCACAAAGCCAAAGUUACAGAAGCUCCCGGAUCUCUCUCUCUGCAUCCACAGAAAACCGCAAAUCCAAGUCUGACACCAGCAAGAGGCAUUUUCAGGCCCAAGACCAUGGAAAGACCAGCGCACAAGCUAAAGCACAGCCCAUGUGUUUUGAGUGGAUUGCUUCCCUUGCCUGAAUGCAACUCAGGCUGCAUCAGAGGCUUAAUUUCCUGCAUUUGUCCUUUAGCAAGUACAAUGCAGAAGCCACUGGAAAGGUGGGGAGUAGCUUGGGGGGACUCUCACCAGCGGCGCUUCGCAAGACUGACUCUCACAAAUCUUCAGAACUGUGUUCACGGCUGUCAGAGCAAUGUUCUUAUUUAAAUUUUCACAGAAUAACUCUGUGCAAAGAGCCCCAAGCAAUAUCACCAAGAAUAAUUGUUUACCCCCAAGAAUUCUGUCUUUAUAAAUUGUGCUGAUAAAAUAGCAACUAUGCACAAAUCAGCAUUUCGACUAAGUGAGAAAUUACAAAAGCUAAUCUGAGGGCUGAAUGUUAAGAGUACAGAGAAGAAAGCAAAACUUAA